GAAGCGAAGCAAAGAGAAGCGAAGCGAAGCUAAGUGAAUCGAAGCAAAGCUAAGUGAAACGAAGCUAAGUGAAGCGAAGCAAAGCGAAGAGAAGCGAAGAGAAGCGAAGCGAAGAGAAGCGAAGAGAAGCAAAGCGAACAGAAGGGAUGCUAAGCGAAGCUAAGAGAAGCAAAAUGGAGCUAAGCGAAGAUGAGCGAAGCGAAGAUAGAGAAGCGAAGAGAAGCAAAGCGAAGCUAAGAGAAGCGAAGCGAAACUAAGUGUAGCGAAGCGAAGCUAAGGGAAGCGAAGCGAAGCGAAGUGAAGCUAAGCGAAGCUAAGGGAAGCAAAGCGAAGCUAAGCGAAGCUAAGGGAAGCGAAGCGAAGCAAAGCAAAGCUAAGCGAAGCGAAGUUAAGAGAAGCGAAGAGAAGCGAAGGGAAGCUAAGAGAAGCAAAGCGAAGCUAAGCGAAGCGAAGCAAAGCUAAGCGAAGCCAAGCAAAGCGAAGCCAAGCGAAGCGAAGCUAAGCGAGGCCAAGCGAGGCCAAGCGAAGCUAAGCGAAGCUAAGCAAAUAGAAGCGAAGCUAAGCGAAGCUAGGCGAAGCUAAGGGAAGCAAAGCGAAGCUAAUGCUUGUGUGUGUGUUUGAAUGGUGUAUCACAAUGUGGUUUGUGUCGGUCAAGACAUUAGCGAGUUUUUACAACUGGCAUGUCAAGUCGUUGUUUGCGUGUCGCAUGUGUUAUUUCUAUUUUGUCGAGUGUGAAGUGUCCAUCGUGUCGCAGGUGUGUGCAGCAAGCCCCCAUCAACUCAAGAAGAAUUUAUCUUGCAGAACCAAGACCAAGAGCUCAAGAUUUCAAGCCCAAGGGACGCGGAAAAAUAUUAAAUAGUGAAAAUAGUAACGUUACUUUGUGUAGUGUUACAUUUCACUUGGUGUAGCCCCUUGGAGGGUUGGUUUCGAGACUCUUCAUGGUUGGGGACUCUGUGAUCACAGAUUGAUUCAGCGAUCAGAUCGUUAUCAUUAUUUGAAGCCGUCUGACGGAAAUCCGACUGUGCUCUCUAUCUCUCAAUAUAGGCACAUCUAAGCCUAUUGUGACUAUAACAAGUGGUAUCAGAGCCCCUUGGAGCCGUCUCGACCAUGCCUAGACCUGAGGAAGGGGAUGGCAGAGGUGCUGGAGGCAGAGAAGACGCCCAAGCACAAGGUCAACACCAAGAUCCACCCGUUGCUCCGAUGCAACCUAGCCUUGGACCCUCUAGGGAUGAGCCUAGAGUGUUUGGCCUUGACAAGUUCAACGGUGACAACUUUGCUGAGUGGUCCUUCAAGAUGGAGAACAUCUUCGACCACUAUGAUCUGCUGGAGGUGAUGGAAGGAACGGAGAAGCGCCCCGAGAACGACCCGGAGAAGAGCCCGUGGGUGCGGAAGAGCGCACAAGGCUACCUUCUACUUGGGCAAGCGUUGGGGAGCAGCCAAAUCCGUCACAUCAAGCAUUUUCAGCGUGAACCAGCAAAGGGACCAAAGGCAUGGGCUGCUCUCAAGGGUGUACACGCUCCUGCAACAGCGGCGCUGCAGCAGGAGGUGUGGAAGGCUUUGAGGAGCCAGCUACUGUGGGAAAGGUCACCCUUCACUCUCUGGACUUUUGGGUGAUCGAUAGUGGCGCCACCUAUAGCAUGACACCUCGUGCGGACUUGCUCACCGAACUCGAACCGUCGCCGGUCAAGCAUGUUACAUCGGCUUUGGGGCAGCGAGCAGAGGUGAAAGGCAUGGGCAAGGCCAUGUUCAAGGGUG